GUCUGAUUCAGCCCCUUGUCUCCAUGGAGACAGAAAUCCUACAGUAGGAGUGGCAGACAAAUCAGAGAAAAGAAAAUAUCUGUUUGAGUUACAGACUCUGCAGGAGACAGCAGCUCCAUGCCUCAGGAUGAGAAGGACCCCGAGAUGUCCUGCUCCACAAAUGAUCCAAAGGAGGCUGAAUUAGAGACAAAAGGAGACAUGGGAGAUCUGUAUGAGGCCCUGGAGAAGCUCCAUGGGCUCUCUGAUGGGGAGAAGGGGGAGAAAGCUCUGCUACGCUCACGCCUUCAUGAGCAGUCUCAGCUCAUCUGCAUAUUGAAGAAGCGAGCAGAUGAUACCCUAAUGCGCUGCAAGGCACUGGAGAGUCUCAACAUGGAGCUGGAGGAGUUGAGGAUGGAGGAUAGUGUGAGGCUUGAAAGUCAGACCCGGCGGGCCCAGCAGCUGGAGGAGCGCUUUAUGGACCUGGCUGCCAACCAUGAGGACAUGAUCCGCUUCAAGGAUGAGCACAAGCAGCAGAACAUGCUGCUGAGGGAGGAAAAUAAGCGCCUGAGGCAGGAAAACCAAACCCUUUUCAGCCAGGCUCUGAAGGAGAAGGAGGCUGCGGUCCUCCAACUCACUUCCCAGGGGAAGAGGCUCUCUCAGGAGGUAGAUUCCUUAAAGGAGAGAUGUGCUCAAGAGAGCCACAGAGCCCAGGAGCGAGAGAAGGAGCUGCUGGAAGCUCAGCGCCAACAAGCCAGUGUCCAUGCCAAGGAAACUGGUUUACUGCGAAGCCAGCUGCAAAGUCUGGAGGAGAAGCAUUGCCAAAUUGUUGCACAGGUGGAGCAGGCAGAAAGUCAGCAAAAGGCUGAGGGCAGCGAGCUGCAAGCCAAGUUGGAGAGGGUGAGCCGUGAGAAAGAGGAGCUGCUGCAUCUGGCUAUGGAGAGGGGCAAGACACUGCAGGAGAAGCAACGAGAAAUUCAGCAGCUGGAGAAGAAACUGGAGAUUGCAGAGAGGGCCAGGCUGACAGCAGAGGAGCGCUUUGUGAGAGAGGUAGCAGCAGUGGACAGCAACCUAAGGGUCCAAGAGCUGCAGCGACGUGUGGAGGGAAGUGAGCAAGCAUACAGUGAGCUCUGGAUGCAGUUUGAUGCUUACAAGAAACACAGCAUGGACUUACUUACUAAAGAAAAAGAGCUGAAUAACAAACUCCGUCACUUCAUGUCAUAACCCCUCACCCCCUGUUCAGCUCUCACCAGAACUAUUAUAGCACACUACUUACUGCUUGUUAGUAACCCUUUUUAAAAAAACUAAAAUGAUCUUUUAUCAGAUUUCUUUAUAGUGUGCCCACAGCUUUACAAAUCUUUUAUGAGGGUUGGUUUGAAGCCCAUCUUUUGUUUCCAUACUAUUGAUUUGAGAUGGCAGCCUAAAUGUGGCACUUUGAGUUAGUAGAGCUAAAUAAAACUGGGAAACAAUGGACUUCAGUACGGAAAAUUCAUGAUCAUUUAUGAGUUUGUCUUGUUUGUUCCUUGCCUCUCAUGUUUCUAGUAAUUUUUUACAGAUUAUAGAAGUACAUUAAGUAUUUUACAUGACAAACAAAGAGAAAAAGCUCUUGCCCUCAAGAGUUUAGAUUUGAUAUAGCAAAUUGUGUUAAUAUACAGUGAAGUGGAGCUGGAAAGGAAAAAGGGGUCGCACAAAGAUCACAGUUUAUUACCUGUGUGGAGAGAUAAAGCAGAUUAGUACCUGUAUAGUAUCUUUAUCACUGAGGAUGAUUUUCAGGUGGAUGAUUAGCUGUCUAUACAUUAGGGGUCUGAUUCAAAGCAAUCAUCAUCAACAGAAAAGCUCCUAUCAAUGUCUGUGGGCUUGGAUCAGGUCCUAGGUAUGAAAAAUGUGGAUCACUGGAAAUCAGGUUUAAAACUGGACUUUGUACAUCAUCCUCAAGUAAAAUGAGCCCCAUGCUGUCCUAUGAGAUGUUAUAGGGAUAAUAAAUACAUCAUUUUACUAUA